AUGGAUAGGUUUGUCACAAGAACAAAUGUUGGGCAACCAAGUUCUAGUUCUACUAAUCCAUCUAUUGCUUCAUCCAUAGCUCCAGAAAUUCAGAGGGACACAUUUCUUUCUGAUCUUGAUUUAGAAUCUCUCAACGCUGAUCCGGGAGAGAGAAAGCCUAUUACAGACUACAUCUCUAAUAUACGUGAUGAAGUUAGAAGACAUUAUAUUCAAAAAAAAGCCUUGCAUCCUGUGAAUAAUGAUUUUCCCAAAACUAAGUUUGAGAAGAUAAUGCAUCAAUUUUGUCCUGAUAUUGAUCGAGAUAUUGGAAGCAUUAUAUUAGAAAAUGCUCCAAGAAAUAAAAUGAUGAGUUCUCCAAGUAUUCAAAAAGAUAUUGUUGAUGCUUGUGCUAAGGAAACAAUCACAGCUAUCAUUGAAGACUUGGAUGAGGAUUUUUUCGGGAUACUAGUUGAUGAAUCAAAAGACAUAUCACACAAAGAGCAAAUGACACUUGUUUUGAGAUAUGUUAACAAAGAAGGCAAAGUCAUAGAGAGAAUUGUUGGUAUUGCUCAUGUUAGUAAUACAUCAACUAUGUUAUUGAAAAAGGCAAUAUGCUCUUUUCUCUUUGAUCACUCAUUAAGUCCAACGCAAAUACGUGGGCAAGGUUAUGAUGGGGCUAGUAACAUGCAGGGAGAGCUAAAUGGUGUUAAGACUUUGAUUUUAAAUGAGUCUCCAUUAGCAUAUUGCAUUAACUGUUUUGCUCACCAAUUGCAAUUAACACUUGUGGAUCUUUCAAAGAAGCAUUCAGAUCGCAGGGAUUUGCUUCGAGAACAUCAAGCUGAAAAGUUAGAGGAGUUGCUCAAAUCAGAUUUACAUUUUCAAGAGCUUAACCGUUGCUUUGAUGCUGUGAGUAUUGACUUACUCCUUGGUAUGGAUAGCUUAAAUCCAGCUAAUUCAUUUGGUAAUUUUGAUAAGAACAUGAUAAUGAGGUUGGCUGAAUAUUAUCUGAAUGAGUUUGAUAGCAGCAAGCUUCGAGAUCUCAGUUGUCAGCUCGAUAGUUUUAUAGUUUAUGCCCGUAGUGUUGACAAGAGGUUCUUUGGCAUGAAGAGAAUUAGUGAUCUUGCUAAAGUGUUGGUUAAAUCCGAUCUGCUUUAA